UCAAAAUCCUAAGUUUAUUCCAUGUGAGACUGUUCAGGAAAGUGUCGUCUUUUGUUUUGCGGUCGAAGUCGACAGUGAAACAGAAACCAUUUUGGCAUUAUACUAGGGAAUACUCCCGAUGUAAUAGCAAGGGAAGAGUUUUUUCUAGAAUGAACUUUUAUGGAGCCCCCGCUGUGGACAGGGGCAGUGUUUACGGACAGCAUGGAUACCCAUCCUCUGGUUAUCAACCCUCCCAGCCGGGCCUGAUGCAGGGGUUUACACCGGGACAGUCUCUAACCCAGGCUCGAUAUCCCAGCUCUGCAGCAGCCCUGGGACAGCAGUUUGCAGGGAAUCCCAUGACUACAGCAGCCCCAGCCAUACAGGGCUACACCACCAUAUCUGGAUACCCUGCAGGAAUGGCAUAUCCCAGCAGCAACAUGACUUCUACAGCAGGACAGUUUCGGUCUUCCCAGGCUGUUCCUCACCCCUCCCUUCAGACCAUGCCUUCCACUACACUGGCUUACGCUGCCACACCCCAGUAUCCCUCCAUGAACCCCACAUACCUAAACAGCGCCCACCAUCUGCACCAGAGCUCCAACUAUCCCCCUCCUGGAAACCCUGUAAUGACCAUGCCAAGUGCACUUACACAUCAAGGGGCUUAUGCCACUGGGGCCCCUUUAACCAGUGUACCUAGGGGGUACUCUGUAGGGGCCCCUAAUGCCAUUCCGGCUGGCCUCCAGAGUUCAAUACCUGGGGGCGUUUCCCAGGUGGGGUACCCUGCUGGUUACUCUGUUCAAGGUCCUUAUACGUCAGCCAACUUGUAUGGAGGAGGCCAGUACCCUGGGCUGUAAUUAGUGGGACCUGUAGGAAGCCAGAUCUGACCACAACAAAUAAACACCUAUAACAAGAGUAAAGAAACUGCCUUAUUCAGGCGUAAAGAGAGGCUUCAAAUUCUCUAUAGAUUAUUUAAAUGUAAUAUGUGUACCAAGAAAUGUUUACUAUCUAGUAUAUAAUACAGCAUAAUUGAUAAAAAAAGAACUCCUUUAAAUUCACAGGGGCUUUCCAUUUGGAAAGCACAUGAGAAGGCGUGAAAUGACGUAAACAAUUAUCAUAGCAACUCUCAGAGAUGUGAAAGUACACAUGUAUGAUAAAGUGUUUAUGCUUUGGACUUAUUUUAAAGAACAAUGUUAGGUGAUGUGUUUGCAAGUUGUUGAGGAAAGACCAUUCGCAAAUUUGAAAAUUUAACAUUGAAUACGCAAGGAAUGUUCAUUCUUUUUCUCUCUAUCUUUUUUUUUUUUUUUUUGCAGUACAGCAAAAUGCAAAUAAAAUAUAUUGCAAUAUUUGUGAUAUUCUGUGUAAUUAAAAGGAUAAAAAAAAAUUGUAUGCCAAGCUGUAAUGAUCCGUGUUCAAUCGGAGGCGUAGGAAGGAAGACUUGUGGUUAGCACAUCACAUUGGUGUGAUGUCUUGAGGCAUGGUCUAGAGAACCUGUUUUGAACAAGAAGUGUCGGCGAAGUGCAGCUUCCCUGAUUUAGCACAUUGUGACCUUGAGAUACGACAUUGAGCACAUGACAUAGCUAGAAGUCUUCUAGACCUUUGCAUGACCUUGAACAUAUUGUAACAUGACUGGAAGUCUCCUUGAUUUUGCAUAUGACUGAACACAUGAUAUGGCUAGAAGUCUCCUUGACCUUUACAUAUGACAUUGAACAUAUCGUAACAUGGCUAAAGGUGACUGCUUAUCACCUGCACCUCUUACAAAUAGAAAGAUUUCAUCUUAGGUAGUGAGAAAAAAAUUAUGGCCAAGGUCAGUUGACAGACAUAACAAAAGGACCAAUAGAAAAAAAAAUUGACAAUGCUUUUAAUUAAGGUAUCGGGAGAAUAGAAAUAUCUGGUGCUAUUUUGUUGGACAAGGGAAGAAAUGGUUAAUAGUAAAUUUAAAUAUACCUUGAUGGUUAUUGGUGUAGUAGUGAUCAAUCAUACCAGUUCCUAUGCCUCCGAAUUUUCUCAUCAAAAGCAAAUGCAUGUGUUUGUUGUAUAAACAAAAUUGAAGUAGAAUUUGCUUCUUUUUUUGAAGAAUAACCAUAAAUUUGCUAUUUAUUGUUAUAUAAUGUUGGAUGGUUUGUGGCUCCAUUGAACAUCCUAUGCAUGCAGAUUUUUAAGCAUCAACUGUUUGAGGUUUCCCUAAAUUGAAUUCAUUCUGCAUAUUGAAAUUUUGACAUUAUUUCUGCAUAUACAAUUUUACCAAAGAAAAUUUCAUAUUAUUCAGGCCGUCAUCUUGAAAGGAAAUUAGGAUUGGAGUACACAAAAUGUGUUCUAGUAUGCCAUAGCCAUCAUGUGUUGAUUUCUGUAUAAUACAAGUUAAAUUAUUCUGUGCCAAUGUUUUGAAUUUUUCCUCUGCAAGAUAUACCAUGUAUAUCAUACUUUUUGGAUGCAAACAUUGUAUAGCCUUUUAUUUUUGUAGAUUUUUCCCUGUUUUGUUUACACUAUAAUCUUUUUGAGCUUUUUAGAUUUAAGGCCAUUUUAUACACUAAUUUUUACUUUAGACUGGUUGUUUUCCCCAGUGCAAAACUCUUAUGUUAUUACAAUGUUGUAACAAUAAAGUUAUUUCGGAUUAA